CAUCAUUAAUAUAAUAAUAGCCAAUUCCGCAAAUCACUCAGUUGUGUCCCAAAUUCACUAGCAGCAAGAAUGUCCAGUUACGAUUUUACGAAAAUCGUGCGUGAUGUGGCGGCCAGUGAAGGCAUCCAAGACUGCAAACUGGAACUUCACGCUGCAUCGAAAAAAGGCGAUGGAUACACUGGAUCAGUCCAAGCAGCCACUCUUCAAGGAUCAAACAAAAAACUAGAUGUAGUGUUCAAAAUCUCGCAUCGUGAUCCAAAAGCCCACACAACAAUGCCACUGCAAGAAAUUUACACCAAAGAGAUUUUAUUUUAUCAAACAAUUGCACCAGCAUUGAUGCAGUUUCAAAAAGAACACCACAUCAAGGAUCCAUUUCACAACCUGCCUGCAUAUUACGGACAUAUCGAUGAACCGUUACAUGAAUGCAUCGUUUUGGAGAAUUUAAGAGAGCGUAAUUUCGAUGUCUGGGAUCGGAAGCAAAUGAUGAACCCUGGACACUUAGAAGUGGCAUUGAAAGCUUUCGGAAAAUAUCACAGCACUUCCAUGGCAAUGAAAGUGUUGGAUCCAGACUUGUUUAAAAAAAUAACAGCUAAGUUGAAUUCAUAUAAUAUACUGGGUGAACAUGCAGAAAAUGCAGGAAUGUGGAAGAGUGUGGCACAAACAGUGGAGAAAAAUGAAGAUAUUUUUGAUCCUAUUACCGAAGCACAUUAUUUAGAACGUGUGCGUCAUUAUAGACAAAAUGUUAGUAAAUUUAUUCUAGAGGUCACCAACUACCACGACCAAUACGACGCUAUUCUUCAAGGAGAUUGCUGGUGUAACAACGCAAUGUAUCAGUAUGAAGAUAUGAACAAUCGCUUAAAACCAAAAGAUGUUAAGUUACUAGAUUGGCAAUUGGUUAAAACUGGUCCAGUGGUAAUGGACGUGUCCUACUUUUUUUAUUCGAUUGCAUCUAAAGAGACAAUGGAUAAAUUGGAUUAUUAUUUGAAGAUAUACCAUGACUCCUUAUCCACACAUCUGAAAGCUUUUGAUUUAAAUGCCGAUGAAGUAUUUCCGUUUGAUGCAUUUAAAUCGCAAUGGAAAAGAUUUGCAUUGUUUGGUCUUUCGAUGACAGUACUUCUCAGACAGAUGAUGUUGUUAGAUAGUGAUGAAGCACCGGACUUUACUGAAAGUAGUGGAUUUCCGGAAAUACGCAUUAAUAAAGAAAAGGCGAUAACAUAUAGACAACAAAUUAAGGAAGUUCUGGUACAUUUUGUUGACCGUGAAUUUAUUUAGUUAAUGAAAUUUAAAGUACUUAACACUGACAUAACAAUCAACAUUUCUAACAAAAAUAUCUUAUCUAAUAAAAAAAUAAAUAUUUUUAAACAUUAUAAAGCAUUUUUCAACAGUCACAUGUCUAUUAUAUUAAGAUUUGUAUAAAAAUAAAAAUAUUUAACUAAUGAAA